AUGGGUAUGUCGGGUGGUCUAAUUACAUUUUGGAAGGUUGGUGGAGUGAAAGUUCUUAGUAGUUUUAAGGGUGAAGGGUAUUUGGGCAUUAAAGUAGUUUGGAAGGGGGAUUUGUAUUACUUGGUCAACAUAUACUCCUUGUGUGAUUUUGUCAAGAAAAAGAGGAUGUGGGAGAUUUUGUUGGAUUUGAAAGAAAAACUAAAUGAUGGAGAGUGGAUUAUGGGAGGGGAUUUCAAUGUUAUUAAGAAUAGGAGGGAGAGGAAGGGAAGGUCGACGAUUGUUCAUUAUAAGGAUUUGGAUUCUUUCUCGGAAUUUAUUCAAAAAAGUGCUUCGGUGGAUAUCCCGUGCAAAGGAAAGAUGUUCUCUUGGUAUAGUGGUGAUGAGAAGUCUAUGAGUAGAAUUGAUCGUUUCCUUGUAUUCGAUAAUGUGGUUAGUAGAUGGGGUGUUGUAGGUCAAUUGAUUGAAGAUAGAGAUAUUUCGGAUCAUAGCCCGGUGUGGAUUGUGUCGGAUGUUACUAAUUGGGGCCCUAAACCUUUUAAAUUCAACAACGAAUGGUUUUCCCUUGAAUCUUUUAUGCCUUUUGGGGAAAAUGAAUGGAAGAAGAUAAAAUUAGAAGGGAGAGGAGAUUUUGUUCUAAAAGAAAAGCUUAGGCUCUUUAAGGAUAAAUUAAGGAGGUGGAAUAAGGAGGUUUUUGGGAGGAUUGAUUUGGAGGUGGAAGAGGGGGUGAGAGACCUAAACUUGGCCGACGCUCAUUUAGAGAUGGAGGAUGGAAUUUUGUUUUCGGACACUUUGGAGAGGAGGAAAGAGGCAUCUAGUCACAUAUGGAGGAAUAUGAGGUUAAAAGAGAACAUGCUCCUUCAAAAAUCUAGAUUAAAGUGGAUAAAAGAGGGAGAUGAUAAUAGUAGUUUUUUUUCACAAGGUGUUAAAAAGAAAAAGUAG